AAAUUGAUUCAAAGUCUGCAAUUCUGUGCAUUCAUUUUUCGAGCUACUUUUCUCCCAAACUAUAGUGGGGAGGCAGGUUGUCAGGUUCUUUGUCCUCUUUCCCUUUCAAAAUAAAAAAAUAUUGGAACAUUUAAAAUCCUUUAAUAAGUAAUAUUGAAUUUGGGUAUGUAUGCUUUUGCUAACAGUAUUAUUUCCCAAAUGAACUAGGAAUGGAGGAUGGCCUUCUGACAAGCAAAGUAAAUGGAGAAGCCAGAUUAACUGAACAACCAGGUUACUAACUUAAUAACUGUGGCAAGAAAGGUCAUAAAAUGGGGCAAAACUCACUUAACAAAUGUCUCAAGAACAACAUUUUGGGCUCAGUUGUGGUCAUAAGUCGAGGAUUACCUGUAUCCACUUGGAAGUAUUCUUCAGCUUUCUCAAUUAUCUGUUGUGCGUCAGUAACCAUAUUUAUUUUUUAGUGUCAUCUAAAUCCAGGUUGGACAUCUGGCAGCUCCCUUCCCAUGUGGGAUCUAAUCUGCAUUGGAUGAUCCUAAGCAUUAUCUGAUAGCAUGUGAAAUUAAGAAUAUUAUUCAAUAGUCCUCAGAGUCAAUUGAGUCUCCUUUGUUUGGUAUUGGCAUGAUUGAUUUCUUCCAUCCUGUUGGCUGCUGUUGUUUUCCAGUUAUGCUGGUAUAUUUGGUUAUAUUGUAAAAUCAAUUAAACUAGAAUCCUCAUCUCAAGGUCUAUGUGAAUAGGAUUAUUAUUUCCUUGCAUAAAUUGAAAGGAAUGUAGAAAGUAGGGAGGAAAUUUGUUCCCCAAAGAUAAAUAUUGGAAAAAGUGUAACCAUCUUUUUUCUGAGAUGAUAGUUGUUUUCAUUGUUAAACACUAUUAUGUUUAGGACAAAUAAGAUUGUUGUGAAAUUGCCUGUAUAUUUUAAAUAAGUUUGAGACUUAUUUAUUUAUUUAUUUAUGAGACAUAUAUAUCGCUUUAAGUGCAAGCACUCUCUAAGCGGUGUACACAAGUCAUAUGACUUUUUCUUUUUUGUUUCUAGAAAAAAAUGAGUGGAGGAUUAGCACCAAGCAAAAGCACAGUUUAUGUAUCUAAUUUGCCCUUUUCAUUGACAAACAAUGACUUGUACAGAAUUUUUUCAAAAUAUGGGAAAGUAGUUAAAGUUACAAUUAUGAAAGACAAAGACACACGAAGAAGUAAAGGAGUUGCAUUUAUUUUGUUCUUGGAUAAAGAGUCAGCACAGAACUGUUCUCGGGCACUUAAUAAUAAACAACUGUUUGGAAGAGUAAUAAAAGCAAGUAUCGCUAUUGAUAAUGGAAGAGCUGCAGAAUUCAUCCGAAGGAGAAAUUACUAUGACAAGUCAAAAUGUUAUGAAUGUGGAGAAAUAGGACAUUUAAGUUAUGCAUGUCCUAAAAACAUGCUAGGAGAGCGUGAACCUCCCAAAAAGAAAGACAAAAAGAAAAGAAAGAAAGUAAUUGAACCAGAAGAAGAAAUAGAAGAAGAAGAAAGUGAAGAUGAGGGUGAAGAUCCUGCACUUGAUAGUCUCAGUCAAGCUAUAGCUUUCCAGCAAGCCAAAAUUGAAGAAGAACAGCAAAGUUCAACUCAAAAUGCUGGGGAGCCUUCCACAUCUGAUUCAAGACGACCACGCAUCAAAAAAAGUGCAUAUUUUAGUGAUGAGGAAGAACUUAGUGACUGAUAUAAAUACUAUGUAAAUAUUCUGUAUGAGAUUACUGUUGUUAACCAUGAUCUCACUCUUGUAAUUAAAAUAUAACUUGAAAGCACCAA